GUCAACGCGGAAACAGACUAGCGAUGGCCCGGCCGAUCAUAGAAGCUAUUCGCUCAGGGGAUGUUGCUCUGGCGAAAAAGUUGUUACAUUCACAGAAACAAGGAUGCUUAGAUUGCCAAACAUCUCGAAGAGAUGGAACUGCAUUAUUCUGGGCUGCGUGUCGAGGUGUAAUAGAACUGGUGGAGUUGCUUCUGACGAGGAACGCGAGCGUGAAUGCGUCAACUGGAUACGGCGCGACUCCCCUCCACGCUGCUGCUGAUGCUGGCCGAGUACAAGUGAUCAGGUUGCUGGUAAAGUAUGGAGCGGAUGUGAACUCGUUAACUCAAAGCGGAGACACGCCCUGCCACCUAGCGGCCUACCGCGGAAAUAGCCAUGCUGUGCAGGUGCUGGUUGAGGAGGGUGCAAAUCUGAACUCGCGCAACCGGAAGUGUCAUCGGCCUGUGGACGAGGCCGAGGCUAAUGGCCAUUUCGAGAUUGUGGAGUAUUUGACAGCGGUCUCUGGCACCUUUCGCUGUGGAGGCCAGGAACCUGACAUGAGUAUUCCAGGGUCUCCAGUUCAUACCCUCUCUCACCAAAGAGUUCCAUUCAGGGUAUGUAACUCCUCCCCUGUCUUCCAAACAGACACUGUGUUAUCUCCCGCCAAGGGGCACCACCACGUACAGUUUUACCACGCACCUGACGUGUCCAGCCACAUCAACAUUCCAACUACAACGGACAGUCGGUAUUUGGGUCAGUGUCAUACAGUGAAUGACCUGUCUAUUGAUACGGACAGUGUAGCCAACUCUUCUCAGAUUAGUUAUUUUAAUAUACCCUUAUACGACUGAGCAGUGCAUUAGAUGACCGUCCAGUUAUCCCCCUUUAGGAAGUGCGACAGAACGGGGCUGUGGUUUCAUAUCCGAGUUCGAGGAGUCUGCCAAAACAUGUGAAGAUUUGCUCUGAAUGAAACUUAUGCUUGCGAGUGAUGCUACGACACUUGAGCCACUUACAACGUCAAGAAAACGUCAACUGACUUUUGCAACGACCUCGGAAACGACGGAUCCAGAUGAACGAAGUCAGCACAGAAGAUAUACCUCCUUUCGGAAGAUGUGACGGUCAGUGGUGACGGAUUGUACAGGUUUAUAUCAUGAUGGCAAGAGUAGGUCUCAAUCUAUCACCUGUCAGAGAUCACGGUAUCAACUGUCAGAGAUUUGGGUAUCACAAUACUGAGGUCACGGUACUCCCUGGGUGUCAGAGAUCGUUGUAUUACCUGUUUGAGAUCAGGGUAAUUCCUGGUUGAAAUGGUGUAUCACCUGUUUCAGGUACUGAUAUAUCCUGUCUGAAAUGGUGUAUCACCUGUUUCAGGUACUGAUAUAUCCUGUCUGAAAUGGUGUAUCACCUGUUUCAGGUACUGAUAUAUCCUGUCUGAAAUGGUGUAUCACCUGUUUCAGGUACUGAUAUAUCCUGUCUGAAUUCUUGUUUUGCUGCAGGAGAGUCAGUGUGUAAUACUAGUAUGCCAAAUGCACUUCGCAAUUGUUUAGAUCUACAGCGAGUCCUGUAAUGUAUAUCUGUUUUAGAGUGUAUGUCUUGCUCAAUUAAUGUGUGUUUUGUAUGUGAAUAUUCUUGUUUUACUUAUUGAUGGCUGGAGAGAUUGAAGGUGUGUGUCGGCUUGUCAUUCCUUGGUGUGGUUCUUGACUGCCUCUCAUUUAUCAGUUAACACAUGGACAGAAACCACGUAUUGUUAGAAACUACAAUGUAUUGACGACGUGUUACAAUAACAUGAUAUUAUGUCUUUUUUAUGUAUUAAUUCCAAACGAUCUGAACAGAGUCGAGCUAUGUGCAUUCUUAGACAUGAUUUCCAGUUAUAGAAAUGAAUGUCCUAUUAGAUAUUGAAAGAUUGUCUUAUUGUGUCAAUUCACAAUAUAACGUCAAUUAUGUAUAUCCGUUACUUUUCCACAAAAUUCUAAAUCGCCUUCCUCGAAUGAGGGCGGCGGGGUAGCCUAGUGGUUUAAAGCGUUCGUUCGUCACGCCGAAGACCCGGGUUCGAUUCCCCCCAUGGGUGCAAUGUGUGAAGCCCAUUUCUGGUGUUCCCCGCCGUGAUAUUGCUGGAAUAUUGCUAGAAGCGGCGUAAGACUUACUCACUCACUCCUCGAAUGAAAUGCUAGCAGACAGAACCGGCUCCGCCAUUAUACCGAGGUAGUGCCCGGAUGGAUGAUUAAACUGGUUUUACGCCUCUGCCGGGCAAGGCAAACUUGUAUUGGUUUUCUUUUCCCUGUCCAGGUUUAUUUCAAAAUGUAUGUGAUGUAGUUUGUAGAUUUCAUUCCAUUGUCAUGCAUUAUGUCUUUCCACGACGACUGUCGCUCACUGAAUAUAGCUCAUUAAGAAUAUUUGCUGCAUCAGCCAUCGCCUUCCGUAUUUUAUAUAGUGUGCUACUGUGUGUAUUGAUGGCGGAUGGUGUGCCUAGAUUCCCAGGAUCAACUGAAGUUGCCCUUGUCUUUCAGAGUAUUGCUGUUGAUGUUUAUUAAAGUUGUUGUUAUGA